CUUCACUUCUUCGCAACUCCGCGUCCUCACAGACCAAGACACUUCGUGACAGGGCGCGCAUGUCGUUAUUUGCCCUGUGUAAUUUUUCCACUCUUCCGCGCUCCUUGCGACCAUGAGCAAGCGAGGUUUCAAGUCGCAAGCCAGCAGUGGUCGGGUUGGUGGCGGCUUUGGAGGAUUUGGCAGCUCUGCUUUCGCCUCUAGCCAGUCGUCGGUCCUCUCAUACGUUCAAGAACCAACAGACUACUCGGCAGUAUCAAACUCGAGCGUGGUGGUGGCUUACAAGAAUCUGUCCAAAAAGGACAGCACGACCAAAGCAAAGGCUCUCGAAGAUCUCCAGGCAUCCCUGUCUGCCACGGAAGAUGUCGAAGACGCGAUCAUUGAAGUCUGGGUCAAGCAAUACCCAAGGCUCUCCAUCGACGCCGCACGCCGAGUACGCCAGCUCGCUCAUCAGUACACUGGCCAGCUGUCAGUGAAAUGUGGCAAGCGUAUAGCGAAGCAGCUGUCAACAAUCACUGGACCUUGGUUAGCAGGCACUUUCGACAAUGACCGAUCUGUGGCAAAAACCGCAGAAGAGGCAUUGGCUACUGUAUUUCCAACGCCAGAAAAGAUCAAUGGUCUGCGCAAAACAUUUCAAGAAUCUAUCUUGCAGUACUGUCAGGAUGCUGCGCUCAACGAAACUGUCUGGACGCUGAGCGACGAGCGCUCCAUCAGCGUAGAUGAUGCAAAAGCUACUCACGCUCGUGUGGUAUCCACCGCUCUGCUGGUGAUCUCAAGCCUGCUGCACAAUCUUCCCUCCGAGGAGCUGGACAAGCAGAAGCAUGUGUACGAAGCUUUGUUCAGCGAUAAGAAGUUUUGGGAGUUUGUCAGUCAUACGGAUUCGAAUGUACGAAGAGCUGCAAAUCAACUGGUUCAACUGAGUUUGCAGAAGGAGCCAGAUCUGAUCGAGACGAACUUGGGUGCUGUUUCUAGCGCGUACAUUUACGAGGGUCUUGCCUCCGACCAGACGGGAUCAUCACUAAGUUUUGUCGAGACUCUGGAUGCGCUGACAACCAAGUUCCCUUCCGUGUGGACAACGGCUUACUGUAAGAAGAAGCCGGCACUCGGGCGAUUGCGACAAUGCCUCAAACACGGUUCAUAUGCUGGUCCAGCUCGGUAUUGGGACAGACUGGCCGAAGUCUUGCGGAAACUACCAGAAGAAAUCGUGCCACAAACGUACGAUGAUAUUUCAGACCUGCUGCUGUCUGCGCGCGAUGGUAUCUGCAAGAGAGAGGAGCGCUUCAAUUCUUCUUCAUCGUGGCCGGUCUAUUUCACUCUCGUCGACAUUGUCACCCGCACAGCAUCGGAUGAGGAUGCCACGAAGCUACUUGAAGCUUUUGCCAUCCCUCCUGUCCAGCAGUACCUGCAGCCAGCUUCUUCGACUGACAAGUGGACAAUCUCAGGCCCGAAGCCUGCUUCCAUUGUAUCCAAAGUUGGCAUCAUCAACAAGCUUCCACCUGUCCUGGAACAGAAAUGGCUGCAACUGGCCGCAAGUCUAGUAGAGACCGCCAAAUUGUCACAGCCAGAGCAAUCGAAAGAUUUUGAGAAAAGUCAAAAGCAUGUCGCGACAACUGGGGAGCGCUGGGCAGAUCUCCAGAGAGAGCUUUUCACUAAUGAUUAUGACUUUCCCGAGUCGUUGAUUGCCCGCUUCAUCCAAGCCAACACGGACAUAUUACGCGAAUGCGUGGCUCUCCUCGACAGUAGAAAUGGCAAACCAUGGGGAGCUGCUGCGGUCGUCGAACAGCAGCUGCGUUCUUGUGCAUCUCACUUGCUUCGCGACCCGACAUAUCACAAGACCCUAGUCCGUUUCGUGGAGGAGACACUUCCGCGAAUCAUCCUAAGUCCAUCGCAACGCCAUCUUGUGCGCUGCCUAUUUGCGCUGCAGAAUGACUCCAAGUUCGCCGCACUUUUCGAGGCAGCACUGCAGAGCAUUGUAGAGCGAGAGCAGAGUGGCGCAACCCCCCAGGAGAGAAUGAACGCAUUGCAUGCGCUGUUCCCUGCAAACACUCCGUCGGCGGCGGUGACAGCAGCACAUGGGAGCGGUCCUCUACAAAUCUUCCUGCGAGAGCAGGCUGCUACCAAUAAUGCGGCCUACAGCACUAUCGCAGACCUGCUUCGGCUGGAUGUAGUUUCACAAGACACUUCGGAAAGCAUAUUGGUUGAACUCACCAAGCUACUAUCUCUUGAAGAUUCACAAGCACAAUCUGGGCUAACAGGCAUUGAGCAUUUGUCGAAGACCAAUGAAUCUGUCGUCCGGAACUUCAUGUCAACGUCCAGUGGUGAACAGUUGUUACCAGCUGUCAUUCAGCUGAAGGACUCUGCCUCGGAAUCUGUUGCUGAGACUGCUUCGAAGUUAGCCAAUCUGCUCACCUCGUCCUUCGCAGAGGCUACGACCGAAUCGAAGUAUGCAUUGAUUACGCAGAGUCUGGAAAAGACUACGUCGUCCUCUUUGCCGAUCGAGACGGUGCUGGAACUGUCGAAGAAGAUUUCAGGCGGCGAGACGAAUUUGCAAAAUCUCAAAGAAAUGCUUCCCAGCACUGAGAUCUGGAAAGAGUCUAUCCUUGCUGUCGCAUCCACACCAAAGGCCUCCCUCGCACUGCUUAGCGCACUUGGUGGAGCAGUGCAUUUGCCGUCGGCCAGACAAAUCGACACGAUACCUUCAUACGACAGCGAAGGCCUAUCGCAAGCGCUCAGAAUUGCAAUUUUCUUCGCUGGCAUACUGAAAUCCGUCUCGAUUUCCACGCUUCCGGAACAGGACGCAGCGAAUGUGCUAGCGCUAUUGAACAUUUGCGUGCUACUCGCAGAAGAUGCUACGAGUAUUGUGGGGGCGAAUUCGCUCUGGCGAGAGGAGAACUCGCACGAUCUCGAGCACGAAGUCAUGACUUUCGUUGUUGAUGCCAAUGAGGUGCUUCGUACAUACUGGACUUCCGGGAGUGACCACGCAAAGAGCAGGCAUGAGGCGGAGCUGUUUGCCACCUUCGAUACCUUGGUGUCGGCGCACAAGGGCUCGCCAUUGGCGUACUAUGCUGCACUAGCUGCAGCAAAAGCGCACGAUAAUGCUUUUGAACUUCACGGCUCCACGAGCGGGCAAUCCAAAGCUAGCGAAGAGGAGCUUAGGUCUCAACGUGCCGGCAAAGACUCGAUGUCACUGAUCUCUUACCUUGUUGGCUUCGCUCAGGCGUUGACGGGGAGCCAGUUGCUGACGAGAAUGUGCAAUGAACUGGUUGCCGAUCUCACCCAGAGUCAGCUUGAUUCCCAAGAGGAGAAAGCGCUCGAGCAGCUUGUGUUCCUGAACGUGAUCCUGCAUACACAAUCGGACAUCGUUGAUACAAUCGCGAAGCCGAGACUGAUCUUUCUCGUCAAACACAUCAUCCCAUGGCUAUCCUCUGACUCGUCACUGAGGGUCAAGGCUGAAACAUGCAAGAUGCUUGGCUCAUUGCUGCCCGCUAUGGCUGACAUGUAUGGCGAGCACUGGUCUCAAAUUGUUGGCGUGCUGGUGUCAUUCUGGCAGUCCGCGAACGCUCCGCGGGAUCGGACCAGUCUAGAAGAAGUGAUCCUAGUCUCCCAUGGCACAUUGAGAUUAUAUGCCGCCUUGAACAAGCUGAGCAGAGAAGAUGAACCCAAUGACGACCUUCUUGAAGCCCUCAAAGAGAACGAGGGAGCACUUCGCACAGGAUUGAUCUCACUGCUCAAGGCGGGCACUGAAGUACCUGAUGCACAGCACCAGCCUCUGAUGAUCACAAAUGAACUGCUGGCCCGUCAGCUCGUACAAUUGCCAGCUAAGCCGCUCGAAGACACCGAAGAGCUCUUUCCGUUGCUUUGUGCACCAUCCCAAGCACUCCAAGAAGCUGCCUUUGACCUGCUUCACAACCAUAUCCCAACGGCACAAGAGCAAAUCUCUUUGGAUGCUGCGUUGGAAGACCGCAAAGCUGUCCUGCCUGACGAGCUACUAUCACUAAUCAUGCAAGCUCCUGAUCUGGAUGCAUUGGAUGAGGAUGCCUUCGAGCUGGUAGUUCCGCUUACGCUACAGGGGUAUCUCUAUGGGUGGCGACUGGUCUUUGACCACUUUCGCGGCUCCAGUUUCCGCGUCAAAGGCGACUAUGUGGAACAGCUGAAAGAGAAUGGGUACCUCAAUGGACUUCUGGAGAUGAGCUUCGAUGUGCUACGACUAAGCAGCGGCCGACCUGUAGAUGCAUCAAACUUCGAACUCCAAAGCUACUCACCAGGACUGGAAGCAAACCCAGAGAAAGAGACGCAGUCACUCUUGACCCAUCUCUACUACCUCUCACUGCUCCACCUCCCAAGUCUAGUGAAGAACUACCUCAACAACGAAAUCAAAUCCCGCCAAGCACCCAAGACAAUCGAAGCCUGGACAGCCAAAUACAUCAGUCCCUUGAUCAUCGAGGAAAGCCUAUCAGAAGUCUCCCAAUGGAACGACAAAACCGUCAAAUCCGACCCAGACUACGAAGCCAUGACCGUAAAAGUCAACCCCCGAGCCAAAGAAGUCGUCGUCUCCUACCAAAUCGACGAACAAACAAUGGCAAUGAAAAUCGCUCUUCCAGAAGCCUACCCUCUCCAAGGCGCAAAACCAGAAGGCAUCAACCGCGUCGCUGUCUCAGAACAAAAAUGGCGAGCAUGGCUUAUCAACUGCCAAGGAACAAUAACUUUCAGCAACGGAAGCAUAAUCGACGCCCUCUCUUCCUGGCGCAAAAACGUCGCCGGCGCACUCAAAGGCCACGACGAAUGUGCAAUUUGCUACUCCAUGGUCAACGAGCACAAAGAAUUACCCAAGAAACGCUGUCCGACUUGCAAGCAUACGUUCCAUAAUGCUUGUUUGUUCAAGUGGUUCCGGAGUAGUAAUUCGAGUGCGUGUCCGUUGUGCAGACAGCCGUAUCAUUACAACUGAGGUUUCGGAUUGCUGUCUGCUUUUUCAAAAUGGGGAGGGUUGCGAUGUGCGAGCAGAGCUGGGAGAUGUCACUUCCUUAUUAGAUAUAUAUACAUGUACUGGUAACAACAGUGAUUGAACAUAUACACUUGACAUCAUGAUAUCCGAACAGUCUUCACC